GUGCCCUUUUUGGCAUCAUCUCUGCCAUGUACCUGCCAGUUGAUCUUUGAUCUAUCCACCUAAGUUGUCUUCCUCUUUUUCGUUUGCUGUACCCUGGACACCAGUUUAGGACAUUGUUGCUCCACUUUUCUGUUCCUCUUGCACUGUGCCUAUCUUUCCUUUAGUUUAUUUAUUUACAAGAGACUUAACAAUAGUUAAAUUACCAAGUAAAUCCGUACCACACUCCCAGUGCAAUGAUACGGGCCUAAUCUCUUGGGUCAAGUUCACACACUGUUUACACAUUAGCAAAUUGUUAAAAAAUCUCAGUCAACGCCGCCUCGCGGGAUUGCUAGCUUGUUAGUUAUUUAUAGUUUGUUAAUAAUGUUAUGGUUGUUAGUGCUUCUGUGUUGUGCUUUAUGUGGCAGUGAGGAGGACUUAGGAUAUAGUCUUAGUAUUGGUAACGCUAUUGAUGUGUUUGCGAAUUAUGGCGACCUAUCCCAAGUAACGCAAGUAGUUUCAGCAGACUACGAGGAUGAGAAUUAUGAACCCAUAGAACCCUUUAGGGAGAAGAAUAUACGGGUGUUUGAAAACGUCAGUAGUACCAUCACACCUGGCGAUACAAUGGUAAACAUGAACCUCCAUCUCUGUGAAAAAUUCGACGAUCUUCUACAAGUCUACUUCAAACACUUCCAAAUAGAAGGUACAGACGUUCCGUGGAAGGCAUUUUUAGGCGAUUGGAUUCCAGGUGAAAUCAUGCGAGCGUUCGGCAUGGAGUACGACCCACGGUCCGAAGACUGUUGCUACGUUCUCGUCACAUUAUCUAAAAUCAAAGAUUCCGUACGAAUAAACACAGAACGGACAAUUAAAGUGAAGGAUUAUGUAUUUCGGGCGAUUGAGCAGCUUAACGCGUCUGAUGCAACGGAUUUGAGACGCUUUAUGAAGAGCUAUGGCACGCAUUAUAUCGACUCAUAUAUAACUGGAAAUUUUAUUUAUCAAGUUUUUAAAUAUAAACGCAGUGGUUACAAUACACUUAAGAAUUUCAUAAGAUUACGAGAAAGAAGAAGAUCCAAUUCGGAUCUGAGGUUCUACUUCUCAUCAAUUUUUCUCAGACAAGUUGGAGAUAUUAGGAUAGCAAGUGGCAACAAGACAGUAGAAAAAUGGGCCCGAAAGAACUUGAGGGACAGCCAAUAUUUAUUCUCCAGACCGAGUCUUUUGAGGCUUCAUUACAACCGUAAUUUAGCAUUUAAACUCAACGAAAUGAUGGAUAAUGGGGCAUUACUUAGUCUCAACUUAAAAACACUCAAACCGCUAUUUAAAGAUACAAUUAUAGGUGAUAGAUUCGUGGAAAUAGUCGAAAAUGAUUUAAAAUUAUGGGAAGUGAAUGCGUAAGAAAUAUGAGGACUAGAGAAAAUCACAAAUGUCUUCCUUACCAGCAAGUAUACACACGCGUGGUACAACAGACUUACUACGUAAAUUUUAACAGGAUGCUAAAUUUAUUAUUACAUGUAUAUUUUUACCUACGUGUGCGUGGGCGCUACGGAUAAUAAAAUUGACAGUUCAUAUACAAAUGCAUCCAAUUAUUAGAACUUAAGCUGUUAAAAGGGUAAUUUAAAAAUAUAAAUUUUAUAACUUGAAAGUACAAAUAAGGACCUACUUAUAAUAAGAUUUGCAGUUUAUGACGAUUACAUAUUUUGUAAGUUAAGUAUGAUGAUCAUAAAAACUACUUAUUAAUUUAUGUUUGUAUAAACAAUAAAUAAACCAAAAAUCGAGAUAACAUCAAUCUACAAUUUGAGAUAAUUUAAGGGAUGACUCUGUACUGCCGUCAAUAUUGUAAAUAUUGCGUCUUAAUAAAUCUAGUGAUUUUAAAACUUAUCAUUUUUGUACUUAAUAUUUUAUACUGACCUCCUACUUUAAUGUCUUAGCAUUGUAUUCCUAUAAGUCUUUUUUAUUUUGUAGAUGUGAGAUUAGGUCAAGGUCUUGUAUAUAUCGACUGAUUUCAUCGGCCCUAUAAAACAUGGGCUCAACUCAUAUUGGCUCAUACUCGAAGCGAAGCGACGUGUCAUGUUUUUCAAGUAGAACGCGCGGCCUUGCGCCUUUAUGACAAGGUUGAAACCAGUUCAAGCUUUUGUACAUUCACGAAUAGAGCUCGCUCGGCGGUAAACAAUUAUACUCACUUUUUCUUCUGCUUGCGGCUUCGACUCUACGCUAAUAUGAGUUGAGGCUUAGGGUGAGAUUAGACACUAGGAUGUAAUAAUUAGCGCUAAGGGCCAUACCUUACCGAGAUGCCAUGGCGACGUGGCAGAGUUAUUGAGAUGUAUGCCGGCUAACUUACUUGGCCACCUAUGGAUGUAUAAAAUAUGGGUAAAUUCGUCUGUAUAAAACCGGAGCCAAAGCGAUGUUUUUCUUAAACUCUAUGAAGGUUUGAGAAAAUACACUGAAAAAUGUCAGUCCCGCAAGCGGAGCAGCCAGUUGUUGCACGUGUUUGUAUGCUCCGUCACUAACUCAGUCGCCAACCAGUUACCACAUUUCCGACAUAAACUCAAUAAUUCAUCAAAUGAUGUUAGUAACAUCCUCAGAACAUUUUUCAGUGUAUUUCUUCAAAUCUUCAUAGUUUAAGAAAAACAUCGCUUUGGCUUCGGUUUGAUACAGACGAAUGUACCCAUAUUUUAUCCAUUAUUCGUUUCAUCUUUUUACGACGCUGGUAAUAAUAUAAUAACAGCGCAGUCAUUUCCACAUCAAAUUCUGACUGUCGAGACGGAACUGAAUGCAUUGGAGAAGCAGGGACGCCAGACGUAACCAUGAUAACGUCACCAUGGCAUCUCGGUGAGGUAUAGCCCUAAGGCUGGACUUUAGAACCAAAACACGUUGUUACCGUUCACGUGUUGAGCCCACAUGUCUACACUUUAAAGGAUGUAGAAAAUUAUUUCAAAAUAAAACCACUUA